AUGCCCCGCCGACGCGCCUCCGCGCCGCGCCCAGGGCUUGUCGGCAGGUUCGGCCUAAGGGUCGACCUCAACGAGCCGGUCGUCGCGGUCAAGCGACUCAUCGCUCAGCGCGAGGGCGUGCGCGUCAAGGCCCAGCGCCUCAUCUUCUUUGGGACGCCGCUCGAGAACGGCCGCACCCUCUCCGACUACAACAUCGUCGCGACCGACUCGGUGGACCUGCUUCUGCGCAACCUGGGGGGGGCGCGGCCGAGCGAAGCGUAA